CAAGAGGAUCGAGGCUAAUAAGAAGAAGGAAGAAGAAGAUAAAGGUGAAGCAAUGAAGAAGGAUUUAGAGGAAAGAAAGAAAGAAUAUGAAGAAAAAAUGAGCCAGCUUAUGGCUAAAAACAACAAAGAGUUGAUAGAGGAAGCGGAAAGGAAAGAAGCUGAGAGAAAGAAAAGAGAAGAUGAGAGAAAGAAAAAAGAAGACGAUGAUGCCACAAAAACAAUUGCCAUGGUGGUUGAAAAUGUAAAUGCUUCAGAGAGUGAAGCUCAAACCAUUGGUGGUAAAGGCACAAAAAGAGGAAAGAAGACAACAGCUACCAAGAAGAACACCAUUCUAAGUAUUACUAUGGAUGAAGAACUACAAAAGAAGUUGCACAACAUAUCAGAUUCAUACAAUCCGAGAAGAAGUACAAGAUCAAUGGUGAAAGUGCAACAAAAUGUUGGUGCUGAAGUAGUUAGCAAAGAAGAAUUUGAAGGCAAAGAUGUUUCUGGAGUUACUUCCAAAGUAACAAAUACUCCAAAGAAAAGGAAAGCGGCUGAGAAAGAAGAUGAGGAUGAGCCUUUGGAUGUUGAGAUAAUAAAAUAA